AUUAUUUCUGACAUUUCGACAUUUGACUGUAUAAAUAAAAAAAACCCUUCAAAAAUAAUAUUUGUUUUUUAUUUCAUUUAUCUUCAUUAUGUCUUCUGUUUACGUUAUUACUGGUGCUUCUCGUGGUAUUGGCCUUGAAUUUGUUCGUCAAAUUGCUGCUAAGGGCAACACUGUAUUUGCUUGUGCUCGUAACCCUGAUGCCUCUGAAGGUCUUCAAAAACUCGUCGAUAACAAAAAAGUCUUUUCUGUCAAACUCGACACGACAAAUGAAGAGUCACUGAAGGCUGCUGUUAAGGAAAUUGAAAAGCACGCCUCUGAAGGUAUUGACGUGCUUAUCAAUAAUGCUGGUAUUGGCAGCAAAUCUAGCAUCAACCCCGAAACUGUUUCCAAGUCUGACCUUUUAAAGACUUUCGAAACCAAUGUUUGUGGUACUUCUGAAGCCACCCAAGCUUUCUUGCCUUUGCUUCGUAAACGUGGUCAAGACAAGGUCAAGAAGAUUGUCAAUAUCUCUUCUAUCUUGGGUUCACUUGCCAAGAUAAACGAAAUCAAUCCUAAUGGUGGUGUUGUUGACUACAACAUUUCCAAGACUGCUUUAAACAUGCUCACUCGCGUAACAGCUCAUGUGCUUGAAAAAGAAAAUUUUAUUGUCUAUGCUUCUCAUCCUGGUUGGGUCAAGACAGACAUGGGAGGCGAUGGUGCACCUGUUGAACCUCAAGACUCUGUUUCUGGUCAACUCGCAAAGAUUGAGAAUGCCACUGUCAAGGACAAUGGUGGUUACUUUGAUUUUGAAGGAAAUGUUCUUCCUUGGUAAAACUUGUAAAUAAAUAAUAAAUAAACCGUAGCAUAAACAACCG